CUCCUAUUUAACUGACAUUGUGUGGUGGGCCGGCACAAUUGCAAUGGCUGUUGGCCAGAUCGGAAACUUCCUGGCAUACACGGCUGUCCCUACGGUCCUGGUGACGCCCCUGGGUGCCCUUGGAGUGCCAUUUGGGUCCAUCUUGGCUUCUUAUCUUCUGAAGGAAAAGCUCAACAUCUUGGGCAAGUUGGGAUGUCUGCUGAGCUGUGCAGGCUCUGUCGUGCUGAUCAUCCACUCCCCAAAGUCUGAGAGUGUGACGACGCAGGCUGAGCUAGAGGAGAAGCUGACCAACCCAGUGUUUGUGGGCUACCUGUGCAUCGUGCUGCUCAUGCUGCUGCUGCUGAUCUUCUGGAUCGCACCGGCUCACGGGCCCACCAACAUUAUGGUCUACAUCAGCAUCUGCUCCUUGCUGGGCAGUUUCACCGUGCCUUCCACCAAGGGCAUCGGGCUGGCGGCCCAGGACAUCUUGCACAACAACCCAUCCAGCCAGAGAGCCCUCUGCCUGUGCCUGGUGCUCCUGGCUGUGCUGGGCUGCAGCAUCAUCGUCCAGUUCAGGUACAUCAACAAGGCGCUGGAAUGCUUCGACUCCUCAGUGUUCGGGGCCAUCUACUAUGUCGUGUUCACCACACUGGUCCUGCUGGCUUCAGCCAUCCUCUUCCGGGAGUGGAGCAACGUGGGCCUGGUGGACUUCUUAGGGAUGGCCUGUGGAUUCACAACUGUCUCCGUUGGGAUUGUCCUUAUACAGGUGUUCAAAGAGUUCAAUUUCAACCUUGGGGAGAUGAACAAGUCUAAUAUGAAAACAGACUAGGAUGCGACACGGGUUGGCUGGCCUAAGGAACAGGCAUUGGAGGUGGUUUCCGACCCUGACUGGAUGUGAAGUGGAAGAGACCCUUCCUCUGGUGUUAGAGGUGCCUGUGUCCUGACGGAUGGUCUUCUGGACUGUGGGGAGCAAGGCCUAGCUCUAGAGUGGAGGCUAGCCUUCUGCAGCCCAGAGUUGCCCAACAGUUGCCUGGGCACCAUCUCUCUCUGAUGAGGUGAAUCUCAUUCUUAUUUCCAUUAACCUGGAAGCUUUCAUAAGUACUCUUUUCUUUUAAAACAUUUUAACAUUUUUCAAACAGAAAAAGACGGGGUUCUUAGAUUGGCUUGGAAAUGAGAGAAACUGUCUUGAAGUCAGCUCUGUACAGUGAAUAGGUUAGUUUCAUUAAGCAUGUGUAACAUUCAAGUUUGUCAUCUAAGUAAGAGGCAUAUAUACUGAAUUGUUCUUAAUCCUCUAACAAGUUGACUCUCCCCAUUCACCCACCCAUCCCAAGACAUAGUAAUAGUAAAUAGAGAAGAGUUCAGGACAUGACAGAAUGUUUCAUUGGAGGGUGACUUUUCAACAGCUCAAUUUCAGUGCCUUUUUAUCACUUGAAUUAUUAACUUAUUUUGAUUAUUACUGUGUGUAUGUUCUCUUAGAUUAGAAUAAUGCAACUUCCUUGAUUAUGCUUUAACAUUUCAAUAUUCAAGUUACAAAUGUGUAAAGCAGUUAGAAAUAAUAUAGUCAUGCAUCACUUAAUGCAGGGAUACAUUCUGAGAAAUGUAUUGUUGAUUUCAUUGUGCAGACAUCAGAGUGCACUUACACAAACCUGGAUGGUAUAGCCUAUUACACACCUAGACUAUAUGGUAUAGCCUGUUGAUCCUAGGAUACAAACUUUUGCAGCAUGUGACUGUACUGAAUACUGUAGGCAACUGUAACACAGUGGUAUUUGUGUAUCUAAACACAUUUAAACAUAGAAAAGGUACAGUAAAAAGAUAUGUGGUCUUCCUUGACAGAAAUUUUGUUAUGCAGCGCAUGACUGUAUGUUCAUUGGAAGACAGUCCAGACUAAAGACACAUAGUGCAAAUGACUGGUUUAGCAUGUAGGUAUUGUCCAAUUAAAGAUAACUGAUUUAAGAUA